GGCAAAUUGGUGAGCUGCAAAGCAUAUUCUCUACGCCUGCAGGAGCCUUUCUCUCUCCUCAUUGUGGAGAGAGAGGAAUCUCUCCUGCAACCUAUAAAGAAAGAGAAGCGCUCGCCAGUUUAGAAUAAAUCAAUGAAUUUAAUUAUAUCGCUGAGAAUUUUCAGUUGAUCAAUAAAUUCCAUGUCUAUUCAGAAAAUACAUACCCUAAAUUCGGGCAACAAGAGGAAGGCUUUCGAUUAUGUGUUGGAGUUUGAAAGAUGAAUUGGAGGGGUUUGGUUCUCUGAUCUGUAAUGUUUUGGGUAUUGUUUCAAGGUUUGAGGUCAAUCCCCUCUUCUGUUUGUGAUAUGGGGGUGCAUAAAACACCCCAAAACAACUAAAACAAUCGCUGGUAUGAGAAAUUUGACAUCUGUGUGUAAUGGGGUCCUUCACUGGGCUCCUUCAAAGGCCUUCAACCGCAGUUGCUGUAGCAUCAAUCGCAGCUUUAUCUGCAGAGUUCCCUGAUCGUUUGCCCUCAACAAAUUCCCAUAUUUCCCAAGGAUUGGCCCCAAGUUCCUCUUUAUCAAGCCAUUCUCCUAGUCCCAAUUAUGGAUUGAAGUCAUGGGCAUCCCAGGUCUUGGCUUCGAGCUCCUUGGAUUCAUCUUUUUGGUCCAGGGUUCGAAUCAUGGCCCCAAAAGCUGACUCACCGAUUGUUUAUUCUUUGAUUGUUUCGAAGUUCUUGUUUGGGUCCAAGGAUUACUGGCUCUCCUCAACCUCCUCUCACGUUCUUCGUGUGGUAUAUAGGUCAGCGAACCUUAGCCUUGGUCAGUUGCCGAAAUCGAUUAAUUCAGAGGAAAUUAUAAAUGACUAUUCAGGGGAACUAUUUAGAUGGCACUCCCCAAAGAUGGGUUUGGGUCAUGGUGGGGAUUUGGACUGUUUGCCUGCAAAAUCCGGCACUGUGGUGGUUUUGCUUGGGUGGUUGGGUGCAAAACAAAAGCAUCUCAAGAGGUAUGCGGAUUGGUACACGGCUAGAGGUUUUCAUGCUGUUACAUUUACCUUCCCAAUGAGCGAUAUCGUCAGUUAUAAGGUGGGUGGGAAGGCUGAGCAGCAGUUGGAGUUGUUUGCUAACCAUCUGGGUGCAUGGGUUGGAGGCGACUGCGAGAGGAAGCUGGUAUUUCAUACAUUCAGCAACACGGGAUGGUUGACGUAUGGAGUUAUUCUUGAGAAGUUUCAUAACGAGGACUCAUCCAUGAUUUCGAGGAUUAAAGGUUGCAUAGUGGAUUCAGCACCUGUUGCUGCACCUGAUCCGCAGGUGUGGGCCUCUGGUUUCUCUGCUGCUUUUCUGAAGAAGCAGAGCAUUGCAACAAAGGGAUCCUUGGUCAAGAAGGAGCCAGGCAUGGAGAUGGCACUCGAUGCCAAAUUUAGCGGCAACUCCGAAGAGCCCAAAGCUGCUGUUGCAGAAGCCAUUCUGCUUGCAGUUUUGGAGAAAUUUUUCGAGGUCGUUCUGAAUAUUCCUACAGUGAACAGGAGGCUCCUGGAUGUGGUGGGUUUGCUGUCAUCAAAGCAGCCAAAAUGCCCGCAGUUGUAUAUUUACAGUUCGGCUGAUAGGGUAAUUCCUGCCAAAUCAGUGGAGUCCUUUAUAGAGGAACAGAGGAGGGCAGGUCAUGAAGUGAGGGCCUGUGAUUUCAUGUUUACUCCUCAUGUCGACCAUUUUCGCAAUGACCCCAAGCUCUAUACUUCUCAGCUUACCAGUUUUCUUGAGGAAUGUGUUCUGGACUGCAAACGGGAUUCAUGAGUUUGGGCCUUCAAUGGUUUCUAAUGAAUUGUUGGUCCUUUUCUUUCAUGGGUUUAUUUUCUGCAACUGGGAGGAAAAUCCGAUUUCUCGAAUUUUACUGUGAUUGUUUCAUGGUCCAUGCCAUUGCUUGGUAUCCACUAAAUUGUCUUAAUAGUUUUCGCCUUUGUUUACAUGUAAGUCAAACAAUAUGCAUUUAUAAAUUGAUGAAUUAUCAUUCUUUGGGGGAA